UGAUGAACCGUUGGGCGCAGCAACCUUACCUAACCUUACCUUCAUGUUCUAACGUAAUUCGUUUUAUCAUUUUAUCACGUUCGUCACACCCACAUGCGUGCAACUCCAAUACUUGAAGCGAUUCAAGAUAAUUCGGAUCAGCAACAUCCCAUAGCCACAUAACACCCCCUUAUCAUUCCCCCCCCCUCCCCCUUUUCAACGGAAAACAUCUUACCCGUAAUAACUCUGUUCUUCCGCCGUACCGCAUCCCGGACGCUAUAUAUUACAUUCCCGUCGUCGAUGUUUUGAUUUUAUAAUGCGACGGAAUUGAAGACACGCUUUGACGAUCAGGGAGCUAUCCGCACUUCCUAGACCUAGUUUCUUGAUACAGUGAGCAAAAAAUGGCAACUCCUGCUAGUUCUGACGAGGGGGAGAUCGUGGAGAAUGGAGUUGGAGACUUGAAGGCAACUUCACUGCCUCAGUUUGAAGGGACCGGUGUUGACCGUAUCGACAGACCUCGAGUUAGAUAUUCAAGAUCAAGAUCACCCGAUAAUAUAAACGGCUCAAGAUAUGCCUCCAGCUCUUCCCGACGAAGUCGCUCGCCUCGCGGACGCAAACGUACCCACGACGAUCGUGAUUCACAUCGUGGCAGCCGUCUAGAUCUCGAUCCGCGACGAUUCCGUGUACACUACGAGGAUGCUGCAGAUGGUUAUCGCCGGUCGCGCUUAUCCUAUGAUGACGAAGACCGACCCCCAUCACAUUCGUCCGCGCCUAAUCUCUACUAUGACGACAGGGACCGAGACUAUCCUCCCCGUAAUAAAGGGAGAGAUCGAAGUCGAGACCGUGACCGCCACCCUAGAAAACGUCAUAGAAACCGAUCUCGCUCUCCGUAUAGACCACCGAACGAUAGAAAUAGAGGGGGAAGACCGCGAUACGAUGGCAUCAAACAUCAAGGUGCUCUUGAUCAAGAAAGCGUAGGAAGUGUUGGAUCAAGUCAGCAAGGCACCCCUGGAUAUCCAAAAGAUCAUACAAAGUAUAAGGAGCGACAAGAUUCGGUAGAAACACAAGAUACUAGCAAAGAUGACACUAAACGUGCACCAGGUAGUUUGGAGGAAACUACUCGUACAGCUCCACCAGCGCAGCCUGAUGAGCCGGACAAGGACUAUGAAGAGAAACCUGAAGACAUAGAAGCAGAAUUAGAGCGUCGGCGUCGGCGUCGUGAAGAACUCCUUGCCAAAUCACGCGGUGCUACACCGAUGCUAGUCCAAGCUCUUCAAGCUUCCGAUAAGACGAAUGCAUCUUCGCCAGGGCAGACACGAGCGACCACGCCUAUGAUCAUUGAUGGAAACACACCCGGUUCCUUUGCCUCAUCGCCGAAUUCGCCGGCCCGUGGUCUUCAAGAAGGAAUGUCACCUGCAAUCGAGAUAUCUAAUGAUCAGGAACUCAUCAACACCCAUGGUAAAUUCAAAGGUACUGAUGAUGAUGGACCUUCCGCUGCAGACUAUGAUCCAACCGUAGAUAUGAGAGAGGAUGAAAUACGAGACGAGCGUCGGCACGGCCAUCUUGGGCCUCACGGAGAAGUGCUUCCUUCCACUGAGAAAGCCGAAAUCGCCCCAGUAGAAGAGCCGCAAGUAGCAGAGAAGUCAAAGAAUGUCGAUGAAGACGACGACUUCGACAUGUUCGCCGAGGAAUUCGACGAAGAGAAGUUUGCUGUCCCUAAACCUACUCAUCUAGACACCACCGCAGAUGAUCGCAACGCCCCUCUUGCUGUCAUUCAACCCAACGCUGGUGGCAUUCUUGAGGGAGACGAUAAAGAUGGAUAUUACAAAAUCCGAAUCGGUGAGAUUAUAGACGGUCGAUACCAGGUCCAAGCAACUCUAGGUAAAGGCAUGUUUUCCGGUGUGGCUCGAGCGGUCGAUAUUACGAGUAAAAAACUGGUUGCCAUCAAGAUGAUGCGAAACAACGAUGCUCUCAGAAAGGGUGGCUUUACCGAGAUCGCCAUUCUGCAAAAGCUAAACGACGCCGACCCUGAAAAUCGUAAGCAUAUUGUCAAGUUUGAACGCCAUUUCGAACACAAGGGCCACCUAUGUCUCGCGUUCGAGAACCUCAGCUUAAACCUGAGAGAGGUCUUGAGGAAAUUUGGUAACAAUAUUGGUAUUAACCUAAGUGCGACGCGCGCCUAUGCACAUCAGAUAUUCGUGGCCUUAGCUCAUCUUCGCAAGUGCAGUAUCAUCCAUGCUGACUUGAAGCCGGACAACAUCUUGGUAAACGAGACUCGGAAUGUCCUCAAGAUCUGUGACUUGGGCACAGCUAUUGAUAGAUCAGACGCUGCAACUGCAAACAACGAGAUCACGCCGUACCUGGUCAGUCGAUUUUACCGAGCCCCGGAGAUUAUUCUCGGUAUGCCGUAUGAUUAUGCCGUCGACAUGUGGUCCAUAGGGUGUACCUUGUAUGAACUUUACACCGGUAAAAUCCUCUUUACAGGUGACAGUAACAACCAAAUGCUCAAAGCCAUUAUGGAAAUCCGGGGCAAGUUUAGCAGCAAGCUAUACAAACGUGGCCAGUUGUCUCAUAUGCAUUUUGAUGACUUCGGAAAUUUUAUCAGCCUGGAGACGGAUAAAGCUCUCGGAAAGACAACCGUACGAACCCUGGCCGUUGUCAAGCCAACCCGUGAUUUGCGUACUCGACUCUUAGCCGCCUCUGGCGGGAUGAAUGAUGUGGAGUCUAGGGAUCUAAACCAUUUUAUAGAUCUGCUAGAAAGAUGUCUAACGCUCAACCCAGACAAGAGAAUCACUCCGUCUGAAGCCCUAAAACACCCUUUCUUCGCUGCUAAGAUGGUUGGAGCCUCGAGAUAGUGAUUUGGGGUCCCACACGGGAAUUGCGUGAACGGGGUUGUGGAUUACCCGUACAGGUUGCCUGUUGUUUCCCUGCCUGCAUCACUCACUUGUCGAUGUCAACAGGAUCGCGGAAACUUCCUCGUCCUCAAGGUAUUUUGGACUAUCCCAAUACCAUUGAGUAGAAUGAAGCAGUUUCGUCCCUUAAGGCUCGAUCUCGGCCGUAUUUUGCCUGGUGCAACCCAUAGAGAGAUACAUUUCACCGGUUUUGCCUUCUUUGGGGCGCUCUGCCGAUGUGAUUUGGGGCUCUGGUCUAGGCAGACACUUGAGCAAUACAGUUCUCAUGAAGCUGGGUAAUCCAAGCAAAGGAGUACGGGGAUCAAGUUUAGCUUAAUCAGGAUUUAGGACAAAGAAAUAACUAUUCAAUUGUUGGACGUUCCCUCCUGCAGUUAGUGCCAGCCUGUAUAACGUAACCUUGAUGCAAUUUUUAUACAUGUAAAAGCUUACGCGCAGCGUCCUCUAGCAUAAGGAAGCAUGUUGUACUAGGCCUAUAGACAUAGUCAUGCCAUAUCAAGUUUUUCAUAUACAUCAGCAGAUAUUUUACAUUGAAGGAUCGACUACAGGACACGAUGUUGCAUCAACCGCAUAUCGACGCCAACCAAUUUCAGAUAAUAAAAUACUGUCCACAUUGCCCUAGAUAUCAACAGUAAUACAUAAUACUGGUGC